ACGCGGUGAAGUUUGCUGAAAGUCUUGCAGUUGCUUCCCCGCCCGCGCCAGCCGGGGAGUUGUGACGCAGCGUCUGGGGCUCCAGGCCCGGACAGAGAAGAGAGGGAAGAAGAGGCGGGGAGAGAGGGAAGCGGAGAGCGAGAGGACGAGCGCACACCGGGGUCCUCGUGGACCCCGCGGUUCCUCCUCGCCCACCUCCCCUUUCCUCUCCCUCUCGGCGCUCUGCCUCGGGCCCCGGCCCCAGCCCCGCGCCCGCUCCUCCUCCUCUUCCCCUCCCACGCUGCCCGCUUCACUUCCCCUCUGCCCCUCAAAUCCUCCUCCCUGGUUCUGCGCUCCUCCCUCCGCCCUCCCUCCGCCCGGCCUUCCUCCUUCCCUCCACCUCCCCUCCUCUCCCCGGGAGGCAUCACUUCGUCCCGACCCGGAGGAAGACGCCAGCCCCUCGCGGGCGGUCACCAUAGCCCAGCGCCGGGCUACCACCGCGCGCCGCGCCCGUGCACCCUCGGUCCCUGCGUCCCCCAAGCGCCACGCCGAGGGCAUGGGGCCAGGCCGGCCGGCCCCCGCGCCCUGGCCUCGUCACCUGCUGCGCUGCGUCCUGCUCCUCGGGGGUCUGCAUCUCGGCCGCCCCAGGGCCGCCGCCGCCGCCGCCGCCCUCCCGGAACCCAACGUCUUCCUCAUCUUCAGCCACGGACUGCAGGGCUGCCUGGAGGCCCAGGGUGGGCAAGUCCGAGUCUCCCCAGCCUGCAAUGCCAGUCUUCCUGCCCAGCGCUGGAAGUGGGUCUCCCGAAACCGGCUCUUCAACCUGGGCACCAUGCAGUGCCUGGGCACAGGCUGGCCAGGCAGCAACACCACUGCCUCCCUGGGCAUGUAUGAAUGUGACCGGGAGGCGCUGAGCCUUCGCUGGCAUUGCCGCACACUGGGUGACCAGCUCUCCCUGCUCCUGGGCGGCCGCUCUGGCAACACGUCCAAGGCUGGCAGCCCCGAGCGUGGUGACCAGACUCGCAGUGGCCAGUGGCGCAUUUAUGGCAGUGAUGAAGAUCUAUGCUCCCGGCCCUACUAUGAGGUCUACACCAUCCAGGGGAACUCCCACGGGAAGCCGUGUACCAUCCCGUUCAAGUAUGACAACCAGUGGUUCCACGGCUGCACCAGCACGGGCCGCGAGGACGGGCACCUGUGGUGCGCCACCACCCAGGACUACGGCAAGGAUGAGCGCUGGGGCUUCUGCCCCAUCAAGAGUAACGACUGUGAGACCUUCUGGGACAAGGACCAGCUGACUGACAGCUGCUACCAGUUUAACUUCCAGUCCACGCUGUCGUGGAGGGAGGCCUGGGCCAGCUGUGAGCAGCAGGGGGCAGAUCUGCUGAGCAUCACAGAGAUCCACGAGCAGACCUACAUCAAUGGGCUCCUCACUGGCUAUAGCUCCACACUGUGGAUUGGCCUUAACGACCUGGACACCAGUGGUGGCUGGCAGUGGUCAGACAACUCGCCCCUCAAGUACCUCAACUGGGAGAGUGAUCAGCCGGACAACCCGAGCGAGGAGAACUGCGGAGUGAUCCGCACGGAGUCGUCGGGCGGCUGGCAGAACCGCGACUGCAGCAUCGCGCUGCCCUACGUCUGCAAGAAGAAGCCCAACGCCACGGCAGAGCUCCCGCCUCCCGAUGUGUGGGCCAACGUGAAGGUGGAGUGCGAGCCCAGCUGGCAGCCCUUCCAGGGCCACUGCUACCGCCUGCAGGCUGAGAAGCGCAGCUGGCAGGAGUCCAAGAAGAUGUGUCUGCGGGGUGGGGGCGACCUGCUCAGCAUCCACAGCAUGGCCGAGCUGGAGUUCAUCACCAAGCAGAUCAAGCAAGAGGUGGAGGAGCUGUGGAUUGGCCUCAACGACCUGAAACUGCAGAUGAAUUUUGAGUGGUCCGAUGGGAGCCUCGUGAGCUUCACCCACUGGCACCCCUUUGAGCCCAACAACUUCCGGGACAGCCUGGAGGACUGUGUCACCAUCUGGGGGCCGGAAGGUCGCUGGAAUGACAGUCCCUGUAACCAGUCCUUGCCGUCCAUCUGUAAGAAGGCAGGCCAGCUGAGCCAGGGCACCGCUGAGGAAGACCACGGCUGCCGGAAGGGUUGGACGUGGCACAGCCCAUCCUGCUACUGGCUGGGAGAGGACCAAGUGACCUACAGUGAGGCCCGGCGCCUGUGCACCGACCAUGGCUCUCAGCUGGUCACCAUCACCAACAGGUUUGAGCAGGCCUUUGUCAGCAGCCUCAUCUACAGCUGGGAUGGCGAGUACUUCUGGACGGCCCUGCAGGACCUCAACAGCACCGGCUCCUUCCGCUGGCUCAGCGGGGACGAGGUCAUGUACACCCACUGGAACCGGGACCAGCCCGGGUACAGCCGUGGGGGCUGCGUGGCCCUGGCCACGGGCAGCGCCAUGGGACUGUGGGAGGUGAAGAACUGCACCUCGUUCCGGGCUCGCUACAUAUGCCGGCAGAGCCUGGGCACGCCAGUGACACCCGAGCUGCCUGGGCCGGACCCCACACCCAGCCUCACCGGCGCUUGUCCCCAGGGCUGGGGCUCAGACCCCAAACUCCGGCACUGCUAUAAGGUGUUCAGCUGGGAGCGGCUGCAGGACAAGAAGGACUGGGUCCAGGCCCAGGGGGCCUGCCAGGAGUUGGGGGCCCAGCUGCUGAGCCUGGCCAGCUAUGAGGAGGAGCAUUUUGUGGCCAAUAUGCUCAAUAAGAUCUUCGGUGAAUCAGAGCCCGAGAUCCACGAGCAGCACUGGUUCUGGAUCGGCCUGAACCGUCGAGACCCCGGAGCUGGGAAGAGUUGGCGCUGGAGCGACGGCCUCGGGUUCUCUUAUCACAAUUUCGACCGGAGCCGGCACGACGACGACGACAUCAGGGGCUGCGCAGUGCUCGACCUGGCCUCCCUGCAGUGGGUGGCCUUGCAGUGCGAGACGCAGCUGGACUGGAUCUGCAAGAUCCCUCGAGGCGCGGAUGUGCGGGAGCCCGACGACAGUCCGCAAGGCCGGAGGGAAUGGCUGCGUUUCCAGGAGGCCGAGUACAAGUUCUUCGAGCACCACUCCACGUGGGCGCAGGCGCAGCGCAUCUGCACAUGGUUCCAGGCGGAGCUGACCUCCGUGCAUAGCCAGGCCGAGCUGGACUUCCUAGGGCACAAUCUGCAGAAGUUCUCUCGGGGCCAGGAGCAGCACUGGUGGAUCGGCCUGCACACUUCAGAGAAUGACGGGCGCUUCAGGUGGACAGAUGGUUCCGUUAUAAACUUCAUCUCCUGGGCACCCGGCAAGCCUCGGCCCAUAGGCAAGGACAAGAAGUGCGUGUACAUGAUGGCCAGCCGAGAGGACUGGGGGGACCAGAGGUGCUUGACGGCCUUGCCCUACAUCUGCAAGCGCAGCAACAGCACCCGAGAGCAGCAGCCGCCAGACCCGUCGCCCACAGGGGGCUGUCCUUCCGGCUGGAGCCAGUUCCUCAACAAGUGUUUCCGAAUCCAGGGCCAGGACCCCCAGGACCGGGUGAAGUGGUCAGAGGCACAGUUCUCCUGUGAACAGCAAGAGGCCCAACUGGUCACCAUUGCAAACCCCUUAGAGCAAGCAUUCAUCACAGCCAGCCUGCCCAAUGUCACCUUUGACCUUUGGAUUGGCCUCCAUGCCUCGCAGAGGGACUUCCAGUGGGUGGAGCAGGAGCCUCUGCUGUACGCCAACUGGGCCCCUGGGGAGCCCUCCGGUCCCAGCCCAGCUCCCAGCGGCAACAUACCGACCAGCUGUGCGGUGGUCCUGCACAGCCCCUCAGCUCACUUCACUGGCCGCUGGGACGAUCGGAGCUGCACAGAGGAGACGCAUGGCUUCAUCUGCCAGAGGGGCACGGACCCCUCCCUGAGCCCAUCCCCAGCCGCGUCGCCCCCUGCCCCGGGCGCUGAGCUCUCCUACCUCAACGGCACCUUCCGGCUGCUGCAGAAGCCGCUGCGCUGGCAUGACGCCCUCCUGCUGUGUGAGAGCCGCAACACCAGCCUGGCCCACGUGCCCGACCCCUACACCCAGGCCUUCCUCACGCAGGCUGCCCGAGGGCUGCGCACGCCACUCUGGAUCGGGCUGGCCAGUGAGGAGGGCUCCCGGCGGUACUCCUGGGUCUCGGAGGAGCCGCUGAGCUACGUGAGCUGGCAGGAUGGGGAGCCCCAGCAGUCAGGGGGCUGCGCCUAUGUGGACGUGGAUGGGGCCUGGCGCACCACCAGCUGUGACACCAAGCUGCAGGGGGCUGUGUGUGGAGUUAACGGGCCCCCUCCUCCCCGAAGAAUAAGCUACCACGGCAGCUGUCCGCAGGGGCUGGCAGACUCGGCCUGGAUUCCCUUCCGGGAGCAUUGCUACUCCUUCCACAUGGAGCUGCUGUUGGGCCACAAGGAGGCGCUGCAGCGCUGCCAGAGAGCGGGUGGGGCUGUCCUGUCCAUUCUGGAUGAGAUGGAGAAUGUGUUUGUCUGGGAGCAUCUGCAGAGCUCUGAGGGCCAGAGUCGGGGCGCUUGGCUGGGCAUGAACUUUAACCCCAAAGGAGGCACCCUGGUCUGGCAGGACAACACAGCUGUGAACUACUCCAACUGGGGGCCCCCUGGCCUGGGCCCCAGCAUGCUGAGCCACAACAGCUGCUACUGGAUCCAGAGCAGCAGCGGGCUGUGGCGCCCGGGCGCCUGCGCCAACAUCACCAUGGGCGUGGUCUGCAAGCUCCCUCGCGCUGAGGAGAGCAGCUUCUCCCCAUCAGCAGCCCUGCCGGAAAACCCGGCGGCCCUGGUGGUGGUGCUGAUGGCGGUGCUGCUGCUCCUGGCCCUGCUGACCGCGGCCCUCAUCCUCUACCGGCGGCGACAGAGCGUGGAGCGUGGGGCCUUCGAGGGCGCCCGCUACAGCCGCAGCUCCUCCGGCCCUGGCGAGGCCACUGAGAAGAACAUCCUGGUGUCCGACAUGGAAAUGAACGAGCAGCAGGAGUAGAGCCAAGGGCGUGGUCAGGGCCGGGGCCGGAGGAGCUGGGGAGGCUGGGCCCUGGGUCAGCCGGCCCCCCACCAGCUACAGUCCAGUUGGCCUAUGGAGGGGUAUCCUUGGGAGCCGCAGUUGGGGCUGGGGCUGGCAGGGCCUGGGCUGGUGGGGUCCCUCCCUCCCAUGGGGGCUGGGCUGAGACCUGGCUGAGUGCAGUGUGGUGUUUCCCUUUUGGGGGGCCCAGAGGUUGUCACCUGGGCCUGUGCCCCCCCAUGGUAACCAGAGGUAGGAUAGGAGCCUCUUUCUGCCUCUUCCUCCCUAGCCCCCCUCCCCAGCCUGUACCCUGUGCCCCAGGACCCCCUUCUCACUGCAGUCGGAGGAGCCUCCCCUGCGCCCUCAGCCGGCCUGUCGCUUUUCUCCUUCCCCGGCAGCCUCAGCUCUGAGCCCCUCACCUCACUCCCUUUACCUUUCCCCCUUCUCACCCAGUCCUUCCUUCUGAGCCAGGGCCCUGGGGUUUGGGGCACCCUCUUGCUCUUGGUGGGGGUCAGCUGAGGGGGCUAAGCAUUGUCACUCCUGUGCCUGCUGGGGUAGCUGUGGGGUGUGGCAGGAGGGACCUGGGCUGUGUCUGAGAACCUGGGCACCACUGUGGUGUCAGUUGGGCUGGAGACAGGACUGGGGAGAGACACCUUGACCUCCCGGGGGUGACCCGGCUGGGCUGGGGUGUCAUCUCCUGCCGGUCAGGGGAGGGCUCUGUCCCCAAAGAGUCCCCUGUGGGGACCAAAAUAAGUUCCCUAACAUUUCCAGCUUCUGGAUCUAGUUUGGAGAGAGAGAGGGGAAUUGCCAGCAUCCUGGGGGCCUCAGGGGCGGAAGCCCGGGGACAGCACCACGUGCCCACCCUCUAGUGGGGCCCAAAGGAGCAGUGCCCAAGCCCCUGGAGUGGCCCCGCUGACCCACCCAGCACCUUACCAGGAGGCCAGAAUCCCAGCCAGAAUCACCAGUCCUGGUGCUGUGGCACAGGAUAAUGUGAACACAGACUCAAAGACAUGGUCCUUUUUUGUAGUUCCUAAUUUUUUUUAAUGUGCCAUUAUUGUUUAAAAAAAAGAAAAGAAAAGCAAACAAAUAAAACACCUUUAAGAGGCUUGAGAGAGAAGGGUUCCUGCUUUGUCCUGUUGUGAGCCGUGUCCCUCAUAUUUGGGAGUUCACAUCUAUUUUGCUUUUUAUCUCAGGGCCCCGUGGAGAGACAUUCUUACCCCCGUCUCUUCUUCCAGGACCUCGCCCUUCUCUGUUCUUGGGGAUUUGUGUGUGGAUGAGGGAGCUCAGGAGCCAUUGGACAGGUGUGAACGCAGGCAACUUAGCUCACCUUCCAGUGUGUACAGUGGGAGAACUGGACCCACCUCUUACGGUUCCUUUAAGGAUAGUUGAGAAUUAAAUGAGAUCACCUGUGCAAAGCAGUCAGAUCACCUGUGCAAAGCAGUCAGAACCAUGCCUUCAUGCUCUUGUAGGAAUUGCCCCCUGAACGCCAGCUAAGACUGCUAUUUCUGGGCUGCAGCUCCCAGGGGAGCAUUCCAGGUGCCCAGGCCAGCCCUGCUGGGGUCCCCACACCACCAUCCUUCCAAGGCAGCUGGUCAGACCUGCAUUUGAGCAAGAAAGGAGUGCACAUUUGUCCCUGGGGAGCUCUGGCUCUGAAACCACCCAGAGGCAGGGGAGUGGACCACAGGACCUCCCUCCCACCCACCUUCACUCAUCUGCUCAUUCAUUCAGGAUGUUUGAGCUGGAGAGAAAGAGAGCUGCCAACAAAGAGAAGGCCCUGCCAGCCAAGGAUGGUCAGCUAUGCCAGGGGGUGCUAGGUGCCGAUGGGAGGGGACUAGUUUGGACUGGAUGGUUGGGGAGGGUCUCACUGGUGAGACUGGAACAUGAAAAAAGAGGUAGGGGAGGGGUGCAAACAUCUAGGCCAGGUCCUGGGCAGGGGGAAUAGCAAGGGGGCAGGCCCCGCUGAGGGGUCCCUGGUGCUUCAGAGGACCAGCAGGGAGGCCAGGCCAGUUGGAGUGUGGGGAGGGGCCUGCCUGAGGCCUUGAGGGCAGCGGUGGAGAGUGUGGAUGUUCCGUACAGCAGGCAGUCAGUGGGAAUGGCUAGUCUGACCUUUCCAGAAGGUGGUUUGGAUCAGGACUGCAGCAAUGGUCAGAUUCUGUGUUCAUGUGUGUGUGUAUUUGCCUCAUUUGUGAUUUUCAAAAGCAAGUUUCUAAUUUUCUGAAUAGGUAAUACCAUCACGUGGUUCAAAGCCUUAACUUAAAUGAUAUAGAAAGAUAGACAUUGAGAAGCCCAAAGCUUGUGGCCUGGCAGCAGGGUAAAUGGGGUGCCUUUACUGAGUUGGGGAGCUCUGAGGAGGGCUUGUGAGCUCCUUUUCUGAGUCCAAGACUGAGGCCAAGCCCAAGGCCCUCCUCCGGCUCUCUCCUCUGCAGCAGCACCGGGAAACACGGAGGGGCCCGGUCACUUCAGGGAGGGAGCCUCAAUCCUGUGUGUGUGUGUGUGUGUGUGUGUGUGUGUGUGUGUGUGUGUGUGUGUGUGUGUGUGUGUGUGUGUGUGUGUGUGUGUGUGUGUGUGUGUGUGUGUGUGUGUGUGUGUGUGUGUGUCCUUCAUGAUUAAUAUACUUCAUCCUGGAGUGAUUAGCUCUCCAAAUUGGGGAGCAGUUCCCUUUGUGAGUUAAGUGCCCUGCCAUGAGCCACAGCUCAAAGAUCGCUGGACCAGGCUGCUUGGAGCCACCCUGGGCAGGAGCCCCCUGGGAAGCUGGCUGCUGACCGCUGCCCCUAGAGAGAAGAAAAGCUGAGUGGUGAAGGCAGGGGCGUGGGCUCCCAGGUUGGGGGUGGGGGGUGAGGGGUGGGAGGAGCAGCUGAGGGCGCAAAGACCUGUAUGCCUGGUGGCUGCUGCAGGUCUAGAGGUUUAAAUCACUCCAGAAAUACCUGUCUGCACUCUACACUUCUGUCCUUGGUGGUUCUAGUCCUUGCCCUGAACCCCACCCCAAAGCAUUUCAGACAGCUUCACAGGCACCUGGGGGCUCCCCAUAGACCUUGUUCUGCUUGGAGGCUCCUGUCUGCCCUAAAGAGGGAGGAGGAUGCCCCAGCAUCUCUGUCAGGCUGGAGGAAGGCUCCUGGCUCAGGGCCAUUUGCCUCUGACCCCCAGGCCAGUGCUGGCUCUGGUGGAGAAUGUGGCAGAACCUCCUUUCUUUCUGCUCAUUUCAAUUCCAUCAGCAUUAGGCCCCUCCUCUAUUUUCCAUCUUUGAUGCGCUGAGACCCAGCCCCGGGGCCUGGGCAGAGGGCACUGAACCCCGGCACUGAGCCCAGCCUGCACUUGCAGGGCUAAACUGGCUCACCUGGACAUCAUGACAGCUUGCUGAAUCGGUGAAUGAAUGGGAGAACAGGGCUGCUCUCCAGAGAAUGGUGUAGGGCCUUCUCACAACCUCUUCUUGUCAAGCCAGAGAUGGCUUCCUCCCAGGUGUCCUGGCAGUGCUAGCCUGGCCCUGUGGGCAGUGCUGUGAAGCUGCAGGGGUGGGGAGCCGGCCAGCCACACCACAUGGCCCUCCUGGAACGGAGCUGGCCACGCCCUGCCAGGCUGCCUCGAGCACUAGGGCUUCAGCCUGCUACAGGGACAAGGGAAAGAAUUGUGUCUUGAGGGAGGACCCCAAGAAAGGCAGGCAGGAAGAGGGAGGAAAGGAGAUGGAGGGAAAAUGGAGGGGUCUCGAGCGGGACCGGUAUGAGAUGAAAGGGCCUAAAUGCUCAGGCCUGUAUCUCGGGGGCCAAGGCUGCCAAGAGGCCCAGGGGAGGCUGACUUCAGCCCUGACUCCCACCAGACUUGGCCCUGCUGGAGCUGCAGAUUUCAAUCCUUGUCCACAAAAGCAGGCAGGGAGCCAAUGCCAAAGAAAGGGACGAGCAAAGCAGCAAGCAGGCAUUUCCCUGAAAUGGAUUCAUCACUGGCCGUCGAUGCCCCAAACUGACUAGCUUCGGAUAUUCACCACCCCUCCACCACCCUCUGCAUGCCUGGCCUCCACCAUCCUUCAGGGUCCUUUCCUGCACCACGUGGCCCUGGUGACCCACUAUGCCCCUGACUUCCAGAGCUGGCUGGGGAUGUAACCCUCUCUCAGGCUGGCCAGGAGCAUGGCUAACAGACCAACUUUACCCUGUAAACUUGGGGGCAUCACUUAACUUUCCUGAGGUUAGGUUUUGUGAUGGUUACAUUUUUGUGUCAACCUGACUGGAAUAAGGGAUGCCCAGAGAGCUGGUAAAUCAUUAUCUCUGGAUGUGUCUGGGAGGGCGUUUCUGGAAGAGACUAGCAUUAGCAUCAAUAAACUGAGUGAAGAAGAUCACCCCUCUCAGUGUGGGUGGGUGUCAUCCAACCCGUCCAGGGCCUGAAUACAACAAAAAGAUAGAGGAAGGGCGAAUUUUCUCUCUGCUGAGACGGGACAUCCAUCUUCUCCAGCCUUUGAGCAUUAGCACUUCUAGCUCUCGGAACUUUGGACUCCGACCCGGACACAUAGGACUGUCCUCUCUGGUUCUCAAGCCCAGGUUUGAGCUGCAAUCAUGUCUCCCGCUUCCCUGGGUCUCCACCCUGCAGAUGGCUGAUCGUGGGACUUCCCAGCCUCCGUGAUCGUGGGAGGCAGUCCCUCAUGGUGAAUCUCUUUCUGUAUGUCUCUAUGGAUCCUAGUAGCGCUGUUUCUCUGGAGAGCCCUAAUACAGGUUCCUCCCAUGCGAUGUGGGGUUAACAAUAUCUGCCUCAUAGGCUUAUUGUGAGGAUUAGAGAUACAUGUAAAAUGCUUAUCCCCGGGCCCAGCUCAUGGGAAGUGCUAAGUGGCACACGUGGGCUCCUGUUACCUGUUUGAUUUUUUCUAUAUCUGUCCCAUUGCCCCAGGAAGGCAGAGCUCCAAGAAGGUGGGCAUCAUGCAUUUCUCCUGUGUCCUCACUGGCUGACACAGCAUUGAUGGUUGGUAAAAGCUGCUUAAAAAGCCAAAGGCUUAGAGAGACACUGUGUCCCGUCCAGUGUGCCUCCACCUCUAAUAGAUUCCAGCUGCACUCACCCAGUCAUAGAGGAAGGAGGUAGCCCUUUUCGUUGUCUUUUUUUAAAAAUUGAAGUAUAGUUGAUUACAAUGUUGUGUUAAUUUUUGGUCUACAGCAGAGCGAUUCAGUUAUAUAUAUAUAUAUUCCUUUUCAUGAUACGCCAUUACAAGGUUUUGAAUAUAGUUCCCUAUGCUAUACAGUAGCACCUUGUGGUUCAUCAUUGUCUUUUAAAAAUGAGACUCAGUCCUUUUGGCACCUCAGGCAGACCCCGGGGCUGCAGUGGUGCUGAAUCGAUGGUACAGGUAGUUGUCUGUUCUGCUGCGUCUCCCCCACCCCAGACCUCACAGGAGACACUCCUGGCUGCACCUGUAAAUCCUUCAAAUGGUUUCCAAAAACCCAACAUUGGCUGAUGUGAACCUGUAGCGAUCUCAGGGUAGCUGCCUCAAACACUGUCACAUCUUACAGUGGGUUUGGCCUGUCAGAAUGUUUACCCGGCCGCCUCAAAUUCCAUCAAGCUCUCUAUGAAACUUAUUUUUAAAUAUGCAUUGUCCCUUCUUAGACCUUUUUCAGUAUUGGCUCCUGGACAAGUCUUUCAUCUUCAGCCAACCUUAAAGUUCAGUUAAAAAGAAAGGCCUAUUUUCUCAGAAUGAUCAAGGCUUGGGGCUCUGUAUGUGAAUGGAGGAACCUGAGGUUUUAGGAAUUUUAUGUAUAUCAUGGAGAUAUUUUCAACUUGAGCGGCUCUUCUGGGCUCUGUUAACAUUCAAAGAUGUCCCUUUGUUUGUAUCUUGGAUCCAGGCUGCCUAGUUGAAUCUACUUGUUUGCAGUGGUUGAGUGACUUUGUCUAAGUGUGGAAUGGAUCAGGGCAGUAGGACGAGAUUUUGACGUAAUUCAACUCUAGCCCUCUGAAAAUCCUGUUGGCACCAUCAUUUAUUUCGGGGACCCCCUUGGCAGCAACACCUGCAGCGGCCGCUCCUGGUCUGAGGAGGGCGAGACUUGAGGGUGGGAGGGAGAAGCACCUCUUCCUCUUCCUUUCACCUCUCUCUCUUCUUUUCUCUGUCCCUUCUUCCAUUUUGCAGAAAAUCUACUGAGGCAUAUUUUAUGAUUAUACUAUAGAGUUCACCCAUUUUAAACACACAAUGAGCUCCAGUAAAUUUAUCCAGUUGCAUAAACGUUACCGGGAACCAGCUUUUAGAAGCCCUUCAUCAUCCCCCAAAGUCCCCUCGAGUAGUCAGUCUCCACUCCUCUCUCCAACCCCAAGUGACCACUGCUCUGUCCCUACAGUUUGGCCUUUCCUAGAAAUUGCAUACAAAUAGAACCGUACAGCAUGUAGUCUUUUGUGUCUGUCUUCUUUCACUUCCUGUAAUGUCUUUGCAUGUAUUAGUAGUUUAUUAUUAUUAUUUAUUUUAUUUUUUCACUUAUCUUUGUUUCCCUCUCUCUCUCCCACACACAGACACACACACACACAGAGUUGUCUUACUUUCUCUGCUCUUUUUUCACCCUGGCACAGAUCUGGUCAUUAGGCCCUAAGACAUAAUUGGGAGUGAAGUGUGGAGUCCAUGCACCAAACCCUCCUAAGUGGGUGCCCACAGAGGUGGUUGGGGUGGCUGGGCAGCCAGCCUGUCCCAGCCCAUGGGGGUCCAGGAUGCGUCCUCCCCGGGGGGCAGGAGAAGGGCAGGUGGGGUGGGGCUAUGAUGGGGCUUCCCUCUCCUCUGAGUCUGAGGCCUGGACCCUUUGUCUGAGGAAACUGGAAUAAGCACAAAGCCAAGCUGGGUGAAUAAAGUCAGUUUACUGACUCUACUUGGGCUGGAGUGAGGCCUGCAAGGGCACCCUGGGCAGAGGGACCCCAGGCCAUGGAGCCUGUGGGGGCUGCUGGGUCCUCUUGGGCUUCCGGGCUUCCAGGCAGCAGCAGGGCAGCCUGCGGGGUCCCAAGUGGCCUGGGCUGUCUGAGACCGGGCUGGUCAGUUGCUGUCUGGAGAUGCUCAAGCCAGAUCCCAAGAAGAGAGUGGCAUAAGGUGAAAAAGAUAAGUGGGAACACACUGGUUUCGGUUUUGGUAAAGAGGAGGAGGGAAGGAGGGACAUGGGGAUAGAGAAAGGGCAGCUGAGGGGACAAGCUUCUGCUUCACUCCGGGGGCAGCUUCCUUGCUAGACUAUCCGCCUGUUGCUUUCACAAAUGCCGCUUUCAUUUCCGUCUCCCAA